UUCGGCGGUUGUGCCAAUCAAAACCACUUUUCCUACAUAGUUUUGGCGUUUCCAGGAGGAUCCCCAUCAUUUUUUCCCUUCGAUACCCAAUCAUAGCCCACGACGUCACGAAGAGCAUCAGAAACCCUCGAAAUUCGGGCAUCCCACCUCAAAGUUUACCGCAGAACCUUCACAUUUCGGGCAUCAAUGGCACAUAGGAUCGGAGGUCAAAGUGUCGAAAUUUCGGGCAUCCGGCCUGAGAGACCCCUCACCAAAGUCGCAAAAUUCGGGCGUGCCAGCCUAAGACCUUGAGGGGGAUUAACAGGGGUCCUAGCUGCCUCUCCUCGCAGAGCGGCGAAUGCCGGUGGUUAGACGCCCCGUAUAGUGGCGAUGCUGCCGUGUACUUGUCUCUUCACCUCCCGCUACUCAUCCUUAUGAAAACACUCGUGGAUCUUGCUCGGAUAUGUACCUUAGAAUGCGUACGAAGGCUGCGUGUGCGAUCUUCGUGAAUAAUCCGCAGUUAUAGCACAGACUGAGUGUGCUGGAGGCACUACCGAGUUCGGAUGCCUUUUACAGGUUGUGCUUGCGUGUGUGCAGUGCAGUUUGCGACGGGCUCUGACGGACACUCUUUCCUCGGACUGCAUAGUCAGACUUUGUCACUCAAACGAUCUCCGGAAUGUCAUUCACUGCUCGAUCCACCUUGGCUACCGUAGGGCAACUCCGCCCAUGCUGGUCAUAGCUACGCCAAGAAUGGUUCCGGUGGAGUCGAGUCACAGCCCCUCUGCACUUUAAUCGACUAAUGCGGAAUCUUUUCACUGGCUCUGACUGCUGCUGACUUAUGACUUUUGUUUUAACUUUUCGAGUCAUCCGAAAGUAUAAAAGGGGCUUGUUCUUCAUUCCGCUUCCUUAAAAUCAUCCUCCGAGGCUCCGUUGUUCAUACUCUUCGCUCAAGUCCCUCCAAUUUGAUCUUCAAAAUGCCCACACAACCUCCCAAUGGUAACGCUAGCGCCUCUAUAACUAAGUUUCGUACCCAUGUUCGCACCGAUACCGAAAAGAUAACCAAACUCUGUGAUCGCAUUCUCGCCACUCGAUACCUCCAACUACAGAAGAAGCGGCGAGCAUUGAUGGCUAAGCCAGUGGCUCGGACUUACAUUCCAAGGAUGGAUAUUUGUGAUGACGAGCACAUCCCUCGUGUCUUCGCCGCACUAGAACUUCCAGGCGUCAGGCGCGAGAGUCUUACCCUCCAAGUUAUUAAUGACUAUCUAUUGGUUGAAGGCGACCGCGCCACGCCUCUUCAGGCCGUACUGUCCACGUGUUCCCCCUCCCCCGUUGAAGGUGAGGGUCAAUCUCCCACUACGGACAGAGACGGGGUCGCAUCAGCACCUCCCUCCAUUCCGCAUUAUUCCACACGAGAGUUGGCGUUUGGCAGGUUUAAGCGGGAGGUUGCUUUGCCGAAGGGGAUUACGGUAUGUCUUCACCCGUUCUCUCAUGUUGUAACGAAUCCCCUGACUAACGAAUUUUUUUUUCAGGCAAACCAAGUUACUGCGGACUUAAUGGAAGGCAUGUUGUACCUCUCAUGGCCCCGAAACCCCGGCACAUACCCGACUCCACAGCCGUCUCUUUCCAUGGCUACCUCAAUGACCAUGCCUGCGCCCGCUGCACCAUAUGUAUCCGCACGCGCUUGAUUUAUCAUUGCAUGUGUUGCUCUGCAGGUCACUCUCCACCCAUCCAUGUCCGUCUCCGUGUCUACUCCGGCGUGCUUCAACAAGCCCGCUUCGGACCUCGUUCGUAUCUACGGGUAUACGACGACAUCUGCAACAUAUGAGAUAUCACCUUGUCCCAUCCUAUCGUUUUAUCCGUGGACCUCGCUUUCCAGCAUGCUAUCGCAUAUAUCCUUAUUCAUGUAUAUUCGCUUCCUCCACUCACAAUCUUGUACAUGUAUCUCAUUCGUUUCAGGGAUUUUGUUUUUUUCUUCUUCGGUUUUUGUUGUAGCUAUAUCAUUUAUACAUACCUUCCACAGACCACCACUUAGUCUUUACUUUAGGAUUGCCUAUACACGUUGCUCCAUCGAUCUCACUUGAAAACUCAAGUUAUGUUUGUGUGCAAAGUUUCUAUCCGUACGUCUGGGUGCUGCAGCGCAGUCUCUCGAAAGUCCUCAAACUUAUGUCCUCGUUCACCGUUUUGACCACUCAUCAAAUAGCUUCUCUUAUCUUCUUGUCUUCC